CAAUUCCAGGGCCACUCUCCAGCGGGCGGUUGUGUCCUAGCAACCUGUUGCGAAUAUCGUGUAAUGUUACCAAAUUUUACAAUUGGCCUUAACGAAACACAAUUUGGUCUAGUGGCUCCCCCUUUUAUAAGAGCAUCAUUCAAAAAUGUACUACCAGCUAGAAAGGCUGAAUUGGCUUUGUGUCAGGGGAAAAUGUUCAGCAGCAAAGAAGCUUUGGAUGUCGGAUUAAUCGAUGACAUGGCAAACACCAAGGAGGAGGGACAUGCAAUGUCUACCAAGUUUCUACAAACAUUUAGCAAUGUAAAUCCCGCUGCUCGAUCCCCAAUGAAACAACAAUUUCGUGGCAAAGAUCUUGAUGAAUUGCGAAGGAAUAAGAAGAAGGAUAUGGAAAAUUAUGUAAAAUUUGUUACCCAGGAUCAUGUACAAAAAAGAAUUGGUUUAUAUUUGGAAAAGUUGCAUAAUAAAACGAAAAAGUAA